GCGAAUUAACACUCGUGCAUCAGCACAAGGAACACGGGAGACCCACCGCUAAGCUCCCUCCCUCCUCUCUCCGGCGCUUCCGCCUCGCCGGAGAUGGGCGGCGCCACCUCGCCGGCGGCGCCCUGUCUCUCCGUCUGCUUGCUGCCCCUCCUCUUCCUCUUCCUCCACGGAUGCUGGAGCUGCGUAGCUAUCGAGAGGGAGAGGACGCUGGCGAUGAUCAAACCGGACGGUCUAUCUGGUAAUUACACGGAGAGAAUCAAGGAGGUCAUCUUGGAGUCUGGAUUUGAUAUCGUCAAAGAGGCAGUGGUUCAGCUGGAUGCGGAGAGGGCAUCACUCUUCUAUGCGGAGCAUUCUGGGAGAAGCUUCUUUGACAGUCUGGUGAAGUAUAUGACAAGUGGUCCAGUUCUCGUUAUGAUUCUGGAAAGGCCCGAUGCCAUCUCACACUGGCGAGUUUUGAUUGGGCCAACUGAUGCAAGAAAGGCUAAAAUUUCUAAUCCUAAUAGCAUUAGAGCAAUGUGUGGAGUGGACUCAGAGAAAAACUGUGUGCAUGGUUCAGAUUCACCACAAUCUGCAGCCAGAGAAAUUUCAUUUUUCUUUGGAGAUGUUAGAUCUGAUACUGUGGAACAUGAUGAGCUGUAGUCCUGUAGAGGAUAGACAGGUGUAUAUGCGACAUGUCGUAAGGCAGAUAAUUUUGCAGUUUAUUUGUUCCAUACAGUGCCUAACACCUGGUUGGACGAUGGGAUUUGGAUCCAAUGGAAAUAUCUGAACAUCAGAUGAGAUGGAGUUCAAGGAAAUUAACUUUAGAUUGUGUAUGGUAAAGACCAGGACGGUGCAUGCCAGAAACACCACUGAAGCACUCAUCCAAAUGUAAUCGUUUUUGUACUGGUGCAAACUUGUGCAUCCAAUCUUCUGUAAGCCUCGUAUAUUUAGCCUAGCCUGUGCUGUUCAUUUCAAAGAAAUCGUUAGCCAUCACGAACUACCCCUGUUUCUGAUCGUUAGCAAUGAUAGUGAUCUAAAAUUUUGCUGAUCAUUGACCCUAAAAUAAAAUUCUGAACAGUAAUUUCAGAAUCCAGAGAGCCCCUAUGAGGCUAUGACCUA